AACAAUUUACAUUUUUUUAUCAUUAAAUCUUAAUCUUAUAAACAAACAAAACAAGAAAAUAAAAAUAAAUGUGCGUUACUAUUCAAGAGCAUAAAGCAAAAAAACCCGCAGAAUAUGCUUUACUCUGUUAUGCAGAAAGAUCAUUAUCCUUUCCUCUUUUUUCUUCUGUUCCUUCCUUCUAAUCAUUUCCUUCCUAAAUUCUAAAUCCUCUUUCUAUUAUUUCACCUCUCUCUCUCUCUCUCUCCAUAACAAACCCUAACGUUCUAAUUCCUAAUCCAAAUUCUUUUAAAUCUUAGCGUUUCAUUUAGAUUUUCAUUUUAUUUCACAAUAAUAGAAACUAUUAUUAUGGAGCUUGUAACUGCAAGUGAUCUUCUCGUAACUGCAUCUGUGGCACUUCUUAUUUCAUUCAUCGUUGCAAAACUUGUUUCCUUUGCCACCACCGACACUCAUGUUCAUGUUCAUCACCAACCGGUUGGUCCGGUUCAUCGAGUUGAAAACCGGUUGACGGUUCACUCACCUCAAAGAAAGAGCCGAACCGGUUUUAUUACUCCGGUUCAUGUUACUGCAAUAGCGAAGAAUUUAGAAACCGAACAUGAUAAUACUAGAGACGCUACGGUUGUGUCCGAUUCAAAUGUUGCCGGUGAGUUACCACCGACAAAAUCGGACGUAAGAGACGCUACGGUUGAUUCCGGUUCCAACGUUACCGGCGAGUUACCGCUGACAAGUUCAGACGUAACAGAGGCUAAGGUUGAUUCCGGUUCUAACGUUGCUUUCGAGUUACCGGCGACAAACUCAGACGAAACAGAGACUAAGGUUGAUGAUUCCGGUUCCAAAGUUGGUGUCGAGUUGACGCCGAUAAGCUCAAACGAAGUAGAUACUAAGGUUGAAUUCCAUUCCAACGUUGUUGGUGAUUUUUCGAAAGAAGAAACCGUCGUGAAAAGUGGUGAUUCUGUUGAACGGAGGAACGAUGAAGUUGUGGAAGAAAUGAUUGAAGAAAAAUCAACUGAGAAGGUUGAUGAUGAAGAUGAAGAUGAAGAUGAAGAUGAAGAUGAUUGGGAAUGGGAAGGGAUUGAGAGGAGUGAGGUGGAGAAGAUGUUUAUGGAGGCUACAGAAUUUGUUGGUGAGAAAGGGUAUAUUGGUAAUUGUGAUGAUGAUUUGGAGAUGGAGUUGUAUGGACUUCAUAAGGUUGCUAUGGAAGGACCUUGCCGUGAAUCUCAACCAAUGCCACUUAAACUCUCUGCACGUGCUAAAUGGAAUGCUUGGCAAAAGCUGGGGAACAUGAGUCCAGAGGUUGCGAUGGAGCGAUAUAUCAGCCUUCUUUCAGAUAAAUUUCCCGAAUGGAUGAAGAAUACUUCUGCUGGAAUAACUGAAGAGAAACCCACAGGAUCAGAAGUUUCGGAGUCUGGUGCUACUAAUUCGAGCUCAGCUUUGUCUCAUCAACAAAUAAUCUUAACCGAAAGGGAACUUGUUCAAGAGUUUGGUGCCCCGAAGCUUAUCCCAGAUACAGAGUCAGAUUCGGAGAACAAUGUUAAGAAAUGAUGGCGCCUAUCUCUGCUUACAUUCUGCGCCACAGGACAUUUUCCUAUAUUCUUUUCAGCAAAAAGAAGAUCGAUUCCAUGAAUAUAAGUUCUUUUCUUAUUGAAGAAUAUAAAUUCUUGGGCUGUUUGUCUUCUCCUUUGUUCCUUAAAUCCAGUGUUGAUUGUGACGUGUACUUCAAUAUUAAACCGUUAAAUGUUAAUAGAUAUUUGAUGUAGAUAAAUAAGUGUGUGUGUAUAUAUAUGAUCUUAUUGCUGCUAAAGGUUAAGAGUUCCUUGAAACUAAUUUACAAUUCUUACCUCACUCCUAUGAUGAUUUUAAAUGUGAUUGCAUUCUUUCAAUUUGAUCAAUGAAGUUCUCAAUUCAAACUUCAAA